AGGAAUCCAGCACCGUGUAUUGCGAGUGACUCAAGAUGGAAGCUCUCCAGAAACAGCUUCAAGAAAAGGUUUCUGCCUUCAAAUCCACGCAGAAGGAAAUGUCGAAUCUGGUCUCGCAGCGACACCAGCUGGAUGCGCAGCUCAGUGAGAACACGAUCGUUCUGGAGGAACUGAAGCUCUUGGACCCCGGAUGCGAAGUGUUCAAGAUGAUUGGCCCGGUGUUGGUGAAGCAAGACCUGGACGAAUCCAAGGGCAAUGUGGAGAAGCGUAUUGACUACAUUAGCCGUGAACUCAAGCGACAUGAAGAUCUGCUGCAGAAGCUGGAGGAGAAACGGUCGAAUUUGAAGGAUUCCCUCACUGAGGUACAGGGAGCAAUGAUGAGAGCACAAGGAGCUUUGGGAGAACCUGCCAAGUGAUCCGCUGCUUCUUGUCGUGAUUGAAGCAAUUUGAUCAGCUGAUUUUCCGUUGAUUUGAUUGUCAAUAAUUGCCGUCACUAAAAAAAAAAAACGUUCACUGUCGACCCCCUA